CCAACGCAUAUUAAAAGUUAGACAACGGACGUUUGUCUCAGUUUGUUUCUUAUAAUUUGCAUUUUCCAACAAUAGUAAUUGUGAGUCGUCUAGUUACUAUAUUUUUAAUUAUUUAGCGGGCUAUUUUAUUUCCAUAAAUACAAUGUCUUUACCGUUCUAAUGUUUUGUUUGCAGACUGAGGAAAGUGUGAGGCGCAAUAGUGAGAGCGAGGGUGAUGCAGAGUCUCCAGAACACGACCCUCACUUUGAACCAGUUCUAUCGUUGCCUCUAGUGGAUAUUCAGACUAACGAAGAAGAUGAAGAAGAGCUAGCAAAAAUCCGCGCCAGGCUCUACAGAUAUGACACCGCCGACCACGAAUGGAAGGAACGCGGUACGGGUGACAUAAAAUUACUUCGCCACAAGUUAAACAAUACUGUAAGAGUUGUAAUGCGACGAGACAAGACACUAAAAGUUUGUGCAAAUCAUUUUAUAACUCCUGAUAUAAGAAUGAAUGUGCACUGUGGUUCUGACAAGGCUUUUAAUUGGUCAGUUUUUGCUGACUUUGCUGAUGAAACUAUGAAACAGGAAUUGCUUGCUAUAAAGUUUGGCACUGUGCAGAAUGCUGAACUAUGGAAAGCAAAGUUUGCCGAAGCCCAAGAAAUUGUAAGAACAAAAUGUUUCCUGUAUACCCAAGAUCUAUCAUCAGAUGAUGAGAGUAGUAUCACUAGAAGUGAAGACACCGAUACUCCAGAACCGAAGACUACCGAUAAAGCAGAUGAGGAUUCAAAGAAAGACACUCUAGAAAGUGAUGGUGUGGUUUUAAAAUUAAAAGAACUGAAAGUGGAUAGUGAAAAAUCUGACUGAAACAUAAGAAUUUAGAAUGUGGUCUAAGAGAUCUUAUUGCUGUAGCAUGGACAGUCAAAAUAUAAA